CGAAUGGUGAUGGCAGAAGCUGAAGCUGAUUAUUCUCCAUUGGAUUUUGGGCCGUCGGCAAUCAAAAGCAAACGGGAGUCGCCGGAGUUCUUGGAGGUCAAAUGCAAUAGCUCAGGAAAAACGCGGCGUUUCGCUCCGGGAACAGACGCGGGUUUCGCCGUUUCGGUGAUAAACCGCAAGCUUAUGCUUUUGGGCACCAAAUCCAAAUCCAAAUCCAAAUCCCUUUCUCUGUCUUCUUUUCCUCUGGCUCUUCACAUUGAAGCCUCCAAAGAAAACGAAAACGAAGAGCCCAUCAGUUUUGGGCCCAACUCCCCUCUGUUCAACUAUGGCGACGGUUGGAUUCUACAGACUGUUGUUAAUGUUAAUCAUACCCAACAACAACAACAACAACAAGAAAUUGAAAGUUCAAGUGUUGGACUUGAAGGACAUCAUGCGGCGCUCCAACAUGCUAAUGGUUCUGAAACCUCAGCUCCGGCAGAGGUGACAAAACCAGCAAUCAGUUUGGUGUACAUUGGAAAAAUAAUAUUAGCCUUCAUUCUGCUAUUUCUCAUAGGUGCAAUUUUCACUUUGGCUUUGGAGAAUCUUCCAUUAUUCAUAUCAUUUGUUACAUCAUCCGCUUGA